AUGUCGUUCCUGUUCAAGUCGUCCAAACAGAAAGGCGCCUCUGGGCCCAAUGUAGCGCCCACGUCAGCAGCCGGCAUGAAAGGACAGGCCGGAGGUAUCACGACCGCUCACAUUACUGCGCCCAAUGGCAUGGCCAACACUGGCGCAAUGCCCGCAUCACCCACCCCGGCCAAGAGCGUGAACAGCAGCCUCAACUCGAUCGAUCCGAAGGAGAAGCCAGGCAUAGUACCCAGAGCGGCCGACGAUCGGGUGGUGGCAUUGCGAGAAGACACUCCACAGCGAGGACCGCCGAGUCCAGAGCAGAAGUCAUUGCGAGAAGACAGCAGAUCGAAUAGCCGGGAGAACUCACAUCGCAUGCAAGUGCAAGGCAGACCCUCUCCAGACCAGUCGCCAUAUCCCUGGUCGCAACGACGACUCAACUUCACGGUGUCGCAUACGAAUCCGUUCCCUCGAUAUGGCGCAGCAGUCAAUGCAACUUCCAGCAAGGAUGGCUCGAUAUACCUGAUGGGCGGCUUGAUCAACGGCAGUACCGUUAAGGGCGAUCUGUGGAUGGUUGAAGCCGGCUCGCCCCAGAUGACCUGUUUUCCAGUCGCGACUACGAGUGAAGGCCCCGGCCCAAGAGUUGGACAUGCUAGCUUGCUGGUAGGCAACGCUUUCAUCGUGUUCGGUGGAGACACCAAGAUGGACGAGGGCGACAUGCUAGAUGACACGCUAUAUCUGCUCAAUACCUCCACCAAGCAAUGGUCGCGAGCGCUACCUGCUGGCCCACGUCCGCCAGGCCGAUACGGCCAUACACUGAACAUACUGGGCAGCAAGAUCUACAUCUUCGGUGGUCAAGUCGAAGGCUACUUUUUUAAUGACCUAGUAGCUUUCGACUUGAAUGCACUGCAGCAGGCAACGAACAAGUGGGAGGUUCUCAUACAAAACACAAUCGACGGUGGGCCUCCGCAUGGCCAGAUCCCUCCCGCCCGAACGAAUCACACGAUGAUCACUUGGGGCGACAAACUAUAUCUCUUCGGAGGCACAGACGGUGUACAAUGGUUCAAUGACGUCUGGUCAUACUCGCCGCACUCGAAUUCUUGGACACAGCAGGAGUGUAUAGGGUACAUUCCAGCAGCACGAGAAGGACAUGCAGCGUCGUUGGUCGGAGACGUCAUGUACAUAUUCGGCGGUCGAACAGAGGAAGGAACCGAUCUGGGCGAUCUUGCGGCGUUUCGAAUCAGCUCGCGAAGAUGGUACACAUUCCAGAACAUGGGACCAAGUCCUUCACCGCGAUCUGGUCACAGCAUGACCACCGUCGGCAAGCAAAUCAUGGUAUUGGCGGGGGAGCCUAGCAGCGCUCCGAGGGAUCCCAUCGAGCUUGGCCUGGCGUACGUCCUCGAUACGAGUAAGAUCCGGUAUCCUCCAGACUCGGCCUCGCAGCAGUCUUCGAACGAGCGGAUACAAGGAACACGGCGGCCCAGUGGCGAGCGAGUCAUGUCUCCUGCUCAGCAGAACAGAGGGCCUCCACGAGAGCUGAUGGAGCGUGAGCGCAGCGACAGUGCAAACAGGAUACGCUCACCUGAUGGUUCGCGGCCGCCGCAGCGUUUACUAAAUCAGCUACCCGCACCCGCACCUACUGGACCACCUCCCCAAGCACCAAGGCAGGCGCCCAACGGCACGAUGCCGGCUGCACGGCAACCAACCAGACCACAGGAGCGUGCCUUCAGCCCGAAUGCUGAGAAUGAGCGGCCGCAGAGAUUCGAGAACACCAUUGCAGAAACGACUCGCGAUGUGACGGUGCCACAAAGCAAGCUGCCGACAUCGCCUACAUUCGAUUCUGAGGGUGGCUACUACGACAACGAGCCGCAGCCCGAACCGCAGCCCACUCGACAGCCGGCGACGUAUCAACCUCCCCAAACAUACCAGCCCUCGCAACAACCACAGGCUUCACAACCAUAUGGGCGCACAAGCUCUCGAGCACAGCAGACUCGACAGCCUGAACGAUUUGACGAGACGCCGCGCCCAUCUACGGACACACAAGAUGCGGCGUCACUGCCCAAGGUUCGACAAUUGUCAGAGGAGCCCGAAGGUCCCCAAGAUUCUGGCAUUGGUUCAUCGCCGGCACUUGUCCACCAACACGACCAGAUGCAGCGAGAGCUAGAGCAGGUUAAAAAGCAGAACGAGUGGUAUGCGUCUGAACUUGCGCUUGCCCGGAAGGCUGGCUACCAGGCUCGAUCGGCUGAGUCACCUGUAUUCGAUGAGCGUGCUGGUGAAAGCUUUGGCGAGGACGACAGACCUCUCAUUGAGGCGCUGCUCAAGAUGCGUGCCGAGCUCGCCAGGGUGCAAGAGACAAUUGACGAGCAAGCAAAGCAGGCCGGCGAGCGCAUUGCCCAGAUCGAAAAGGAGCGUGACACUGCCAUCAACGAAGCAGUGUUUGCGAAAGCAAAGCUUGCCGGACAAGGGAGUCUCAAACCAGACGGGGACAGCAGAAGCAUCGAUCGCAGUGACGACAUUAGUCGCCGACUGGCCUCAUCCAUUGAGGCGCAGCGCGAGCUCAGUACCCGAAUCGACGGUCUCAUCCGAGAAGUCGAGACUGAGAAGAGGCUGCGAGAGCAGUUUGAGGACACUGCCAAUGCCGCUCAGGCAAGAGUGGCUGAACUUGACGCUUAUCGCCAACAGAACAGCGCCCAGGUCGAGAGCCUCAAAGCUGAACUGCACGAAGCGCAACGAGAAGCACGUGAAGCGACGGCGAAUCAUAACGAGAUCCUUUCGCAGCACCGACUACUGAGCGUAGACAAGGACGAGCUGAGCAGAAAGCUCGAAGACGUGUCAGGAAGUGGCGAAAGCCACACAUCGAUGCUGAUGUCUCUUCGAUCUGCUGUCACGGCUUCAACGGAGAAGGCGGAUCUGCUGGAGAGACAACUUGAGGAAGAGCGUGGCCACAAGUCAGACAUCGAACGCAGCCUGCGAGAAUUAAGGUCACAGCACGAGUCUCGAUCCGCCGAACUGGGGUCUGUGACACGCCGCUUGCGAGGAGCGGAAGAGCUGGCACAGAAGCAUGCAGAGGAAGCUCGUACGCAUCGUGAGGCGGUCAUUGUUGGUCUUGGCAAGAUUUCGGAACGUGAGGUCAACCCUGCAGCUGCAAAUGAUGAGCGCAUUACUAUUUUGCAGGAGCAAGUCGAAGCUGCGAACGCUAUGGUGCGUCAGAACCAAGCUGCGGCUGAUGCUGCGUCUGAAAAGCUGCGCCGCGCCGAGGAGCGUAUUGCUGGUCUCGAGGCCUACCAAGAACAAGCCAGCCGUGAAGGCCUCUCCAUCAGGAAGCAACUCUCAACUACGAUGAAAGAGAACCAAAUCUUGACUGCAGAGAAGUCGGUGCUGGAACAGAAGCUUGAGCGACACAUGCUCGAGACUAAUGCUCUCUCUGUGCAGUACGGCUCGCUCAAGGACAUUCUUGGAGACCGUGGAGUCAGCGCUGCAGAGAAGCGCCGUAGCAGGGCACUUGACUCGCCCAGCAGCGCACGCUUCAGUACGCCAGAUCUACAUCGCGUGCGUGACCUCGAACAGCAAUUGGAGAAUAGCCAGAAGAACCACGAGGAGCUCAAGCAACACUUCGAGGAGAUCAACGAGCGCAGUGAUAAGACGAAGCGCGACUAUGAAGAGAAGCUCACUGCUCUUGACAAUGAUCACCAGGCCGCGGUCAAAUAUCUUCGCGGCACGGAGAAAAUGCUUUCCAAGAUGAAGCAGGAGCUGCAACGCGUCAAGAAUGAGAAUGGCGACCUCAAGAAGAAGCUUGAUAAGGCCAAAGACGAUGUGGGAACCAGCAGGCAAGCUACACCUGACAAUCGCUCCCCUGCGGAAUGGGAAGCUGAGAGGACGAGGCUCAGGGAAGAGUUUGCUACCACUCAGUCAAGCUUGCAGACGUCAGUCGCUGAGCUCGAGAAGAAGAUUGACACCAUGCAAGAGCACAUGCAGAGCACCGAGAGAGAACUGCAGCAGGCGAGAACAUCGCACACCUCUGCGCAAAGCGACCUCAAGGCUCUGCAGGAAUCGCACACCUCUUCUCGUAGCGACAUCGAGCGUCUGCAAAAGGAGAACUCGGCACUUGAAGAGCGCGCCAAGGACGCUGAGAACAAGGUCCAACUACUUCUGGACCAGGUCGAGUCCAGCGUGGACAAUUACCGCCGACAAUCGCGCAUGAGCGCUUCUACGACACCUGUCCUGAAUGGCACUGCUCACGCUCGUCCUCCCAGCAUCAGCGAGGCGAGUGAAGCUUCACAAUCAAUCGUGAAAGGCCACACGAGGAACACCUCCGGCGUCUCCGCCAGCGGAGACAGCAACUAUUCCGGCACAGCACAUUCAGAAUCCGGAGAAGGUCGCAACUCGAUGGCCCUCGACUCCCUCGCCAGCGAACUCGACGCGCUGCGCACACAUUGGGAGACAACCAACAAGAACUACCGCCUAUCGGACAAGUUCGACUUUGAGCGAACACUCACAGCCACAUCCGCCAACACUGCCGGCGGGCUGGCGGACUGGCGACGAGGGCUAGAGAUUGACGAUGACGAUGAGACGAGGCCUGGCACGUCCGAGGGUGCGUCGACAUCAAAGGGUAGCCGUGAUAGCAGAGAGGACAUGCCCACGCCUACUGCUGCGCAAGCUACCUCUGGCCUUAACGAUGACAUCCGGCGCGCACCAUAG